UUCAUGCACCAUGGCUGCACAGGAGGAAGUGGCUGCUCUGGGAGCCAUUUAUAGCGACGAUUUCCAGCUGUUGUCUGAAUCAGAAUCCGAGGGGAUUACUUUCCAAAUCCAUACCAUCUGUGAACACCAUGCAAAGAAAAUCCAGUUAAAAGUCACUUUUCAUUUAUCCCCUGAGUAUCCUGUGUGCCUUCCAGACAUCUCCAUCUGCUCAGAUCAGCUCAACCGCAAGCAGUGUUGUGAUUUGAAGCUAAGUUUGAUGCAAUAUGCAGGCUCUCUUCUUGGCCAGCCUAUGGUUUAUGAGUUGAUGAUGUGGCUCCAGCAGAACUUUAAGGAAGAUGCUGACCGUGUCUUAGUGGACCAGACCAGUGAAGGUGAUAGUUCACAGCAGCUUUGCAGUGCAGAUGGUAGCGUGUGGAUGGCACUUUUGCACUUAGAUCACAUGAGAGCCAAAGCAAAGUACAUAAAGAGCAUAGAGAAGUGGAUUUCUGACCUCAGACUCACUGGAAGACUGAUGUUCCUGGGAAAACUCAUAUUAAUUCUUCUGCAGGGAGAGAGGAAAGCUAUCAAGGACUAUCUAGUGCUCCAGAAAACCUCCAAGGUGGAUGUGGACUCCAGUGGAAGGAAAUGCAAAGAAAAGAUGCUAAGUGUUCUGUGUGAAGUAAAGCUUCAAGCAGGGCAGCUCAGGCUUACAAGCUUUGCUGUGAAAGAGUUUACAUCAGGGGCUGAGUUGCAUCAAGAAUUUGAAGCGCUGGGCUUGUCAGGCUUGUAUGACAAGUUUGUAAGAUUUUCAAAGAUUCCUGCAACCUGACUUGAUGGAUGAGUAUAAAAGCACACAACUGUGACUUUGUGAGGCAAAUAGAAUUUCAAUAGGACUUAGUCUCACUGAAUACAACCAAUAUUUAAGUGAUGUUUGACAACCAUUCAAACCCAUGAAACAUGGACAGGUAAAUCUUUGCAAGAAAUCUUCAAAAAAUGUUGAAUGCGUUUUUUUGUUUGAAUUUG